AUGAUGAAAAUGUUACCUUUUUUCCAAAGUGGUCCUAUUGGAAUACGCAAUGGAUCUGAGGGUUGCAUUGGUGCAAACAGGCAGCUUGAAAACCCUUCGACAUUAGUAGCUGAGCAAGUCCCUGCCUGUCCUGAACCUUCUGGAGACGAGAUCUGGUCCAGGGACCAGGAGAAGAUGAGUGAAAGGCCAGAGGCAGCCUGCAGACCCUCACGUGCAUCUUCCAUCACGAGUAAUGGGAGCUGCACCUCUGCUGGGGACAGCCCUGAAAAGGGGAAGAAAGGAAUAAAGGGAAUCCUUACAAGUGCACUUAAGAAGAUGAAAAAGAUCAAGCCACUCAGUGUCAAACAAAUCAUGGAUCUCCUUGAAGAGCACAAGCUUUGUGAUGCCGCUCAGCAUCUGAUUGUCCUGGAGAAGAGCCUGUCUAGCAAAAGUGAGGAGGGACUGAACACCAGCCAGCAAGACGUCGAGUCUGUCUACGAAGUUCUGAAGCACAAAGUCUUCAGCAUCUUGAAAGACUCCGUCCUUCUAGCGAAAACAAACCCAGAACUGCUGCAGCAGGCGGUAGAUGCACUGAAAGAGCAGGAGAAAGAAGAUCAGAACUACACGUCGGAGAAUCCACCUGAUCAAAACAUGCAGUUUAGACCUAGAAAAUGGAAAGAACUUUGGAUGGCUACAGUAAAGGAGUCGGUAGAGACUCGAAUGAAAGACACAAGUCAUACUCCUAGAACUGAGAACCUCUCUACAGUUGGCCAGAACCUCCUGCACAUGGGAAAGACAAUGAAAGAAGAUUUGACAGUAAUUGUGAAGUACAUUAAACAGCUUUAUCCUCCUGAGUUUAAUGUGUUCAGCACAUAUGCAGAACUCUACCACAACUAUUUUGCCUCCCAGGCAAAGAAAAACGCUGAGUCUCAUCUGGAAGACAAGGAUAUUUAUCUCCUCCUCUCAUGGGUGCACAACAUUUAUCCAAAAGAUAUGAGAAAAGAUCAUGUUUUAGCAGAGGAGUUGGAAAAAGUUAAGCUUGGGAGCCUUUUGCCAUCAAGUCUGAGCAAAGAGCUUGAAAAGAAAUACCUUGACAGUGAAGAGGCUACUAUCAAAAAUUCACUGAGCAAAUGUUUAGAUAAAGAAAUCCAAAGGUGGAAAGAAGACAAAGAACCAGAGAAACUAAAUGGACAUUUUCAGAGUGAACUACUAGCAAUAUUUGUUAUCCAGAGUAUCUAUAGCGGCCAGAAGCGAGCCAAGGACAUCAGCGUGGCAGUGGGCGAGGAGCUGUCGCAUCGCCUGUCGAAGGAGCUGCCUGCCUUCCUGAAAAGCUACAAGGAUGCUUUUGAAGACUUUAAGGAGAAAAGCAAGAAGCACAGAUACUACAAGCCUAUACUGAUUGCAAAUAUUAACAACUGCUGGAAUUUUAGAGACUACGCAGAGAAAAACAUGGCAGAAAAGGACGACAAUAAAGCCAGUAUCCUCAGCACUCUCGGCGACAUUGAAAACAGCGGCUUUGACGUGCUGCUUCAACAGCUCUUUGCCCAGCUGAAGCCAAUUUAUAAGAAGUUUACAGAAAAUAAGUGGGACUCCAGCAAUGAAAUUAUGAACGAGAUCAUUAAAACCACCAGCAACCAUAUUUCAGACUUCCGGACCCUAAAGGACCCUUUCUACCACGCUAUCAUCGAGAAGAUCCACACCCGUUUGGUUAAAGAGUACAUCGUGAGAUUGCUGAAGAGGAAAGUCAGCCUGAAAACUCCAGCGCAACAGCAAAACCUGGCCCAACACAUCUCCAAGAACGCUGCCGACCUGGAAGCCUUCUGCACCAGCAAUGGCUCUCAAGCCACGUGGCUGAAUUCAGCGCUCCCCAAACUGGCUGAAAUAAUCCGACUUCAGGAUUUAGGUGCUAUUAAAAUUGAAGUUGCAACACUCGCCACGACAUACCCAGAUAUCCGCAAAAGGCACCUGGAAGCGUUCCUGCACAUCAAAUCCAAUUUGUCACGCGGCGAGCUCAAAAGCAUCCUGGGCUACUUGGCAGACAGCACAGCAUCCACGCCACCCGGGGCCCCGCUCUUCUCCAACAUAAACGUGUCCUAG